AUGUCUGAGGUAUCCGUGAUUCCCGCGCCACCGGGCGUUGAGGUGAACUUUGAUCACCCUCGGCAGCAAAAGGUGUUGGAGCACUACCUUAUCUUCGGCAUAGGCGGAACCCUCGCCUUUGUUGCGAUGUGCCAGAGGUUUUAUACCAAGAUCGUUCUGUCGAAAGGCUUGCAAGUCGACGAUGGUAUGUGUGCUUACUCGUCAGAAUGCGUAUUGUUGGUUGCUGAAGCUGACGUGACUUCCACAGCGUCCAUCAUCGAUGGUGGUAUGUGUGCUCAUGCUUGGGAGAUGCCUCUGUCCAGAUUCGAGCGCUAUGCUCUUACCACCUACAUAACGGCCCCGGUCUUCAUGCUGUGUAACGGAUUUACAAAGUUGUCUCUGUUGACGUUUUACCUUCGUCUAUCGCCGCAACGGUGGUUUCGAAUUUCGGUGUGGAUAGGCAUCGUGGUCGUAUGCCUUUAUACGGGAUGCAUCACCACCCUGAUGUUAUUCCAUUGCAGCCCCAUCAGGAAAGCCUUCGACUUGAAAAUCACCGGAGGGACCUGCCUAGAUAGCGGGGUUCUCUACAUAGCGACAGCAGUAUCAAACAUCAUCACCGACCUCGCGCUGUUUAUCUUGCCUAUGCCCACACUCUUUAGCCUGCGGUUGAAGAUGGGGCUGAAGAUUGGCGCUGCCAUCAUUUUCGCCAUCGGCUCAAUGACCGUCGCCACAUCCGUCGUUCGUUUAUACUAUCUCCCCCCUCUAUUAAAGAGUACGGACCCGUCGUGGGAUGCUGCUCCUGCGAAUAUUUGGACGUUUAUCGAGGCCAACCUGUUUGUCAUUUGCGGCUCGAUGCCGACCCUGCGAAAAUUCUUCCAACACUUUGCGCCCAAGGUCGUGGGUACCCUAUCGAGUCCUUCGUCCUAUGCCCUCAACAAGUACAAUGUCUCGGCAUGCACAACAAACCAGCGCGCAAGCACCAUGAAGACUCGUCAGAAGAAGGAAUAUGAGCAGUUCACCGAUGAUAGUGAGAUGCCUUCGUUCAAGAUGGUUACCAAGCGGGGGGAAGAUGGCAGAUUUACAUCUGUCGUUGUCGCGACUGGCGGAGAGAGCUCGGAAAAUCUGGGCGAAAACGCGACAUGGAUAUUACAAACGAAGACCGUCACAGUAGAACACGACUAGAAGUGAUAUCAUUUCCUAAUUUCCUAAUUUCCUAAUAGUAAUACAAUACAAAUCUUGAUGAAAUACUAGCUGUGUUAUACCUCAUAGGUUGGCUCUGUUUGAUGUUACUUACAUAAGUCAUGUGGUGUACCGAUGGCUACACGCAAAACCACAUGUAUAAUUACUUCAAUUAUGAGUCCGAUAUGGACGGUGCGGCGCACCAGAGACCGACGUGGGGGCUUUUAGACUCUUUACACGACAGUGAAG